CUAUGUUCUGGCGUUUGGGAGCAGGCUCAUGCGUGCUGAGGCCUUUAUUGAACACAGCUCUGGAUCCCUGCUGAGCUCAUCCGUAUCUUGUCUUCACUGCCGCAUCCACGAGGCGGUGUAAAUCGAGUAAACAAUUCUUGCUACUCAAUCUUCAAUACCCCACCGCCGCGACUCGGUCCUCUUCCCCUACAUUGUCACUAAGUUGUUCUUUGUCCCACAUGCCCUAACACCUCACCAUCCACCCAGGUCACUACCGCAUUCCACAGCGCGAACCGAUCCAAGCCUCCCCCACUACCAGUGAGCACUCUAAGACCUACAAUCUUCUCACGGCCAACAAGAUCUGUACAAAAAUGGUAAGAGCACUUAGUGCUCGGACACGUCCUCAGUUCCACCCAGAGCAAAUCUACACCAGUUUCGAGUACGACCUGGAGUCGCGUGAGGCAAAGAAGAUACUCACCAUCGGAACCGAAGCCGCCAAGGUGGCUAAGAAUCUUGUCCAGCACAACAAGAUUCAUGACCUCGUCGAGAAGAUUAUAGAGACCAACGUUGAUAUCUUCUACAAGCUCGAUUACGCUUCUGCUGAAAAGGGAGCGCAUGUGGGUCUUGAACAGCGUAUCAGAAUAUGGGCAGAGGAACAAGCAAAGGUCAACCUCUUCUGGGUGCUUCGGGACCAGUACAUUGCCGAUACUAUCGGGGCUUGCAAGCUCCAGAUCAAGAAGAGUCGGCUAGAGGUAGAGUCUGCCAGAGCACAAUUAGAGGCUGUGAGUGGAUCUGAUCAGAGAUGCAAUUGGCUACAAAAGAUGCUGACCGACCCCAAAGGUAACUUUGUCUACCUGAAUUGGCCAACGAGUGUGCUCCACUGUGAGGUGAAGGAAACAAGCGAGUGGCUACAAUCACAGGACGAAUCGGUGGCGUGAGCCAGGCUCGAGCCACUGGAAAGCGGAGAAGCGUUGAUAUGU